AAGCCGUCCACUUGAGGCAAUAUGCUACAGCAUUCGGGCAUUGAAGCUCUUCGACAUCCGUUUUUUUUCACGUUAAAAUUAACGAACGUAAUUAAUGCAUGCAUGUUAUGAGCGGAUACCGGCCGUGUUCUUACAAGUCGAAUUCAUUGUGUAUUGCAAACGUCUUCUCACCAAGACGUCGUACCUUCGUUAACGAUGGAACUGACACAUCGCUCUAGGUGGAAAGCCGUGAUUGGGAUCCUCGGCGAUGUCACGAGCUCCGGGAAGUCAUUCAGUCCAGAUAAGCGUUAGCGUUUGCCGAAGUCGUUCCGACUGGAAGGCUGGUGUCCAGUAACGUCGAUGAACGUGCGAAUGAACAACCCCCGUCUAUGCAAUCGCGGUCCCGUCGACGAUAUAUAAGCAGUGCCGAUUGUCCCGCGGAACAGUACAAUAAGAACGUUCGGUUGGAAGUUCGUUAAUAUUUGGUCAACGCCGUGCGAACAAUCGAUCGAUAUACAGUGGGCUAGAAAGGGCCGGAAACGGAUGAAAGAGCUCGCCUCUUGAAAAUUAAGUGAAAGAAGACUACCGAGGUCGAAAAAUGACCCGAAAAUUGACACGCGGCGCGAACAGCCGUUUGAGCCACGUUAAAUCGACGACGAUACUCGCCGCAUACGUGACGAUUUUUACUUACCUGACAAAGUCUUGUGCAGGAAACGGAAUUCGUCCGGAAGUGACGCUGCUCGAUGUCGUGGCGCAACCUCUUGUUCCGACCGACGCAGCAUCGGCCGAAUGUCUCAGGGACAGUGCCGUUUACAUUACAUCAUUGGGAAAUUACACACCGUGGGCUUUGCAGAUGUACGACGCCUCGGUGAAGAUACCAUCGGGAUUGAUUACCGGGAAUGUGAAGCAAUUAGGUAACUACGAUGAGUGUCUUCGGGUCAAAAAUGCCAAUGGAUUCGUCGGCCAGGCUUGCACAGCUGUGGUUAGUUUUGAGAUUUUUCGCGGAGCCAAUUCUUCCAACGAAACUGACUUGGGGGACCUUCUCAUCAACGUCGCACGGGCAUCUGGGAUGACAGACUGGAUCGGAGGCACUACAAGUAAAUAUGAAUGGACUUUGUGCGUUCCGUCGAGUUGCACAUACGCAGAGGUUCGAGAGAAGAUCGACACGUCUCUCGAUCCUCUGAGGGUGGAGGGUAGAGUUGACCUAGAGGUCAGUAUGACAGAGAAUUCCUGCCACACCGCUGAAACCGCCAUACGGAAAUUGGAUACAGCUGAUUGGAUUUACGUUACUCUCCUGAUAUUAUUCGCAGUGAUUGCAAUAUCCAGCACAGCCUUUGAUCUGAUUACGAGAAACAAGUACGGGGGGAACCGGAAAGAUGUGAAACAGGUCGUUCUCACUUCCUUCUCGUUUUACACAAAUGGCAAGACUUUGCUGAACACCAAAAGAAACGGUGAUUCAAUUGGGUGCUUGGACGGAUUGAGAUUCAUCAGUAUAUGCUGGAUCAUUUACGGUCACACGCAUUACUACACGAUCGUCGGUGUUCAAUUGGAUGUCAGCAACGUACAUAUCAUGCAUGAGAAUUGGAGUACGCUCUUGGUGCUGAACGGCAACAUCGUAACUGACACGUUUUUCCUCUUAAGCGGUCUGCUUCUAGCAUACACAAAAUAUUCUCAGAAGCAAAGAAACCGAGGUUCCUCCUUAAAUCUGUUCGAGCUGUACCUUCGUCGCUACGUGAGGUUAACACCCGUUUACGCAAUGGUGAUUGGUUUCUACUCAACGAUCUACAACAAGUUUGGUUCCGGACCCGAAUGGGACGUUGUGAUCACCGCGGCCAAAGAAUCUUGCCAGGCAAAUUGGUGGGCCAACUUGCUCUACGUCAACAACAUGGUCACCGUCGAAGACAUAUGUAUAACGCAGUCAUGGUAUCUGGCGGUCGACAUGCAGCUACUUUGGCUUUCACCGAUAUUCCUUUACCCGAUGCUCAAGUUCAGUCGGGGCACCAUCUUCUGGGCUGUUCUUGGGAUCGGUUUGACCGUCGCGAUUGUCGUUCCUUUCAGCAUAACUUACGCGAUGGAACUCACGGGGACAAUGCUGUACUACAAAGACCAAGCUGACGUGGUCAAUGUCUUUUUGGAAGUCUAUACGAAAACGUACGCCAGGGCCGGAUCUUACUUGAUUGGAAUAGGGAUUGGAUACUUUCUCGCAAAAUCAAAAUCUCUAUCCAUCCAUAUACCGAAGGCAUACGCGAUAAUCGGAUGGAUCGUUACAGCGGUACUAUUAGGGACAACGGUAUUCGGACCACGAGGAAUGUACUACUCCGAUCACGUUUACAACAGACUGGAGGCGAGUUUUUACGCGGGAUUUCACAGGCCAGCUUUCGCACUGGCAAUUUCCUGGAUAAUAUUCGCGUGCGUAAACGGAAAAGCAGGUCCGAUUAACGGGCUUCUGGCUUGGACUGGAUGGCUGCCGUUGAGCAGAUUGACGUACAGCGCUUAUCUGUCUCACUUCAUAGUGCUACUCUACAAUUCCGGAAUCGCCCGAGCACCCGGAAACGUGACGCCCUACACUGUGGUUCACGACUUCUUGGGCAACUUGGUCCUCGUCCUGGGAUUGUCGACGGUGAUAAGCCUGGUCUUCGAGAUGCCGUUUAUGACGCUGGACCGAGUUCUGUGGAAGAUCAAGGGUCGGCAGGCGGACACGAGGGCGAAUUUGCCGGAUCCUGCCAAGCUGGAAAACACCGAAGAAAUUUACAAAUCGAUCAAAGGCUCGCUGUCGUCGGUGUCGCAGAUAUACACGGACGUUGCUGGCAUAGCGAAAUCCGUGGGUGGAUCCUACGUGACGAACUUUGACCCGAGCAACGGCUACUACGUUGACCAGGUGGACAGAUCGUCUAAACCCGAGAACGUUUACACCUACAUAGUCGGAUCGCAAAUCGGUACUCCACGGUCCGAAAGAAGGUACGACGUACCAACGAACCGGGCGACCAACUCCGCGGAAGGUCGCUUCGAUUCCUCGGACGAUACCGUCAAUUUCACCGAAAGCAUAGACACCCAGCAGACGACGGGAGUUGACAACAGGGCGUAUCAGGUCUGACGAUAAUCGGGGUCGACCGGAUACACAGAAUUUUGAGCGAAGUUGAUGCGCUUUGCAAGCUCAGCAGUAAUCGCGGUGACGGGUCGAAACUUGCGGUCGUAAAUCGAACAGCGAAAUCGGCGACACCGUUGCAGAGGAGUGUACAUAGUUUAUACUGUAAAACUGUUAUUAAUUACUGCACGUGAAAUCUCGUGCGACAGUUGAUUAAUUUUUUUUUUUUUUUUUUAGAGCUUUCAGCAAUUCUUCAAGCAGAGAGUCAGAGAUUUUAUUUAUGCUAUAACGUACCUAGCGUUUCAAUUACGCGAAAAUUAACCAAGUAUACCGCACUGAGUGAUCGAUAAAAUAUGACUAUUAUACGGUGGUUUAAAAGAGAAAUAGAAGUAUUACCCAAUUGUAGCUAUUUAGCGAAAGAUUUCCGGGUUAAAUUCUAGAUAGUUAUUGCAGUUCGUACUUUCUUACGUAAGAUGUUUUUCAUCCGUAUACGUCCAAUUAUAUCCAGGCAUGCAGUUGUCAGCGUGAGGCUGAGUAUUUUUGUUUGAUUGUCUCAACGUGUAUUUUUU